AUGGCAAAAGUUCCGAAAUUCUUCGCCAUUGCCGCCUUCGCCGCCGUGCUGGCCUGCGCCUGCGCUGAUGUUUCCGAACUUGGCUAUGCCUACAGCCAACCCGCUGCUAGCGCUCCAGUAAGCUCUUACUUUGCACCAGCUGCCGCUGCUCCAGAGCCAGCCUAUGCUCCAGCUCCCGUCUAUGUUUCCGCUCCAGCACCAGCUCCAGUCUACCAAGCUGCCCCAUCCGCUCCCAUCUCAUCGUACAUUCCACCUGCUGCCACUGCACCUGAGCCAGUUUUCGUUUCUGCCCCAGCACCAGCUCCAGUCUACCAAGAAGCUGCUUCUGAGGUCUAUGAGCAACCCGCUCAAGAUGGGUACAGAUACCGUACCGUCCGUCGUCGUGUCUACAAGCAACGUCGUUACUAA